CGCGCCGAUAUGUCAGUCCAGACGCGACCCAGACAGACCUCGGCCCGGGGGCCCAGCCGUGAGAGCCGCGUCCUGAUUGGCUGAGCGCCGCCGUUCUUUUGAGACUAGCUCUCCUAUUGGCUGGAGCCGGGCGAGACGCUCAGCGCACAAUGUCUCCCCGCUUUUGUUAUUGUAGCGAGCGGUCAGGAUGCGCGGACGGAGACGAAGAGCCUGAUAGUCCGCUAUCGACUCCCAUACACUCAGAUUAGAUGUUGGAGGGGGAAGGGGGCGCGGAUUCCUACCUCUCCGUCCUUGUCCAGAAGACAGCUUUUCGCUAUUCUGCAACAAUACGACCGAUGUAGCAGCAGGAUGUCCGUGAACCCUCCCAACAGUAAUGACGCCUGCCUCAGCAUCGUGCACAGCCUCAUGUGUCACAGGCAGGGCGGUGAAAACGAGGGCUUCGCCAAGCGUGCCAUCGAGAGCCUGGUCAAGAAACUGAAGGAGAAGAAGGACGAGCUGGACUCCCUCAUCACCGCCAUCACCACCAACGGAGUCCAUCCCAGCAAGUGCGUGACCAUCCAGAGGACGCUGGACGGACGCCUGCAGGUUGCCGGUCGGAAAGGUUUUCCUCAUGUAAUCUACGCGCGGUUGUGGCGCUGGCCCGACCUUCACAAGAACGAGCUCAAGCAUGUGAAGUUCUGCCAGUACGCAUUUGACCUCAAAUACGAUAAUGUCUGUGUGAACCCUUACCAUUAUGAGAGAGUGGUGUCACCAGGCAUCGUUGGUCUCAGUCUUCAAAACACAGGUCCCACUGGCAGACUGAUAAAGGAAGAGUACAGCCACGACUGCAUCCAGAUGGACGUCCCCCCGGGACUGCCUCCUCAGCAGGACCACCAGGGGGCGAUGAAACUCCCUCCUCCGGACCACUACGGCCAGCCACUGCCUCCUCUACAGCUGCCUUCAGAGCCCAGCCGAGCGCCCCCAGCGGUCUCCCUUUACUCCAACAUACCCCUCUCCCCCACCGCUUCUGGCUCUAUGAUGCCGAUGCAGGGAGGUCACGGUGAAGGCUUACUUCAGAUUGCGUCUCCUCAGGGUCAAGUCAUGACCCCUACACCUCCCCCCUCCACCCCCACACAUGGACCCCCACAGACCCCCGGCCCACCCCAGCCUCCACCCAACCAGAACGGCUACAACAGCUCCAAACACUCCCAGACGCAAGGCUCCUUUCACACAGCCUGGACAGGCAGCAGCACAGCCUCCUACACUCCUGUAGGACCCCAGCAAAACGGACGCGGUCACCAGCCUCCUCUCCAUCACCCACACUUCUGGUCUCAACAUCACAGUUCAGCGUCUUUCCCCCCUCCAGUCUCCAACCAUCCAGGUCCCGAGUUUUGGUGCUCCAUCUCAUACUUCGAGAUGGAUGUGCAGGUGGGGGAGAUGUUUAAAGUGCUGUCCAGCUGUCCGGUGGUGACGAUUGACGGGUAUGUGGACCCCUCAGGAGGCGACCGCUUCUGCCUGGGUCAGCUCAGUAACGUGCACCGCACAGACGCCAGCGAGCGCGCCAGGUUGCACAUUGGUAAAGGAGUGCAGCUGGAGUGUCGAGGAGAGGGGGAUGUAUGGAUGCGCUGCAUGAGCGAUCAUGCCGUCUUUGUGCAGAGUUAUUACCUGGACAGAGAAGCAGGACGAGCGCCAGGUGAUGCGGUGCAUAAAAUCUACCCAGGGGCCUACAUAAAGGUCUUUGACCUCAGGCAGUGCCACAGGCAGAUGCAGCAGCAGGCGGCUACGGCGCAGGCGGCAGCGGCAGCACAGGCCGCAGCGGUGGCUGGGAAUAUCCCAGGACCAGGAAGUGUUGGUGGAAUCGCUCCUGCAGUCAGCCUCUCGGCAGCAGCAGGGAUUGGUGUGGAUGAUCUCCGGAGGCUGUGCAUCCUGCGCUUGAGCUUCGUGAAGGGCUGGGGUCCUGACUACCCCCGGCAGAGCAUCAAGCACACCCCCUGCUGGGUGGAGGUGCAUUUGCACCGGGCGCUGCAGCUGCUGGACGAGGUGCUGCACACUAUGCCACUGGCAGAUCCUGGACCAGCUAACUGAGAGCCAACAAUACACAGCCAACACUCACCACACAGAUACUGGACUCACGACAGUAAGCGUGCGAGGCGUAUUACCUGCUACAGUGUGCAGUCAUUAGAAUCCCAGUGAAAACACCACAGAAAACACUACUCUAAAAUUCAUGUUUCUGAAAGAUAUUCAGUGCUUUUUAUUGUUCUGUAGUGAAAUGUUGCAUUUCUUUUUGGGUGAAUCUCGCAAAAACAUGUCUAGGUCAUAUCUUGCUCUAAAAAAAAAAAAGGCUUAAAGAGAAUGGAAAAAACAACAUCUUUUUAAAAGUAUUUUUUGCAUUAUGACUAGGGUUGCAAAGCGGCGGAAACAUUUCACAAAAUGUCUGGAAAGUUUCUCGAAAUUUAAUUAACAUUUUCUGUUCGUUUGCGGCCCUAAUUAUGACAUUUUUAUUUUAAUUAAUGAAGCAUAUUUUCCUGCAAAAUUCAGAAUAAUUCCUGCCACAAUAACUGAAUUGUUUCCAGAUGUUUUGAGUUUGUUUAUGCAAAGGUGAUUCUUAUCAGAUUACUACAGAAGUGGAUCAAGCAAAAAUACAAAAAAAUUAAACCAUAUUUUGAUGAAAGUCAUUGUAAUGCAUAAUUAAACUCGUACAUGUAUUUUUUAAAGGUUGAGAAUACAAUCAUUAGAUUUUGAGAAUAAAGUGUUUGUGUUUGAGAAAAAAACUUUGAGAAAAUUUUGAAAUAAAAUAUUGAGAAUAAACAGUAGAUUUUGAGAAGUUAAGGGAGUAGUUUCUGAGUUUGAGUCUGUGUUUGUGAAGUAAAAAGCUUUUACUUUAGGAUCUUUGCAAUAAGUGUAAAUAGUAAUUAGAUGAUAUUUAUACUUAGUGACGGAUACUUUUGCACCUUAGUAUUGUUGUACAUUAACAGGGUGCAAAAAUAACACUGUCCCAUGAGAUCAAAUGAACAUUACACAAGUGUGUUUAUUCUCAACAUUUUAUUUGGACUCUUUUUCCUUGAAAUGUUUAAUUUCAGUGUUUUUUUUUUUGUUUGUUUUUUUUUCUUCAGGAAACAAUGACUUUAUUCUCAACAUUUUAUUUAGGCUUUUUUCCCUAUUUUUCUAUAUCUUUAAUAUUGCAUAAUAAUGAAUUUAAUCUCAAGAUGGUUUUGUUUUUUUAUGAUUAGCCCUAAUCCUCUUUCAUAGAUUACUGUAUAUUUUUAUAAAAAAAAAAAAAAAAUUGUUUUGAUAAAUUGAGCAUAAAUGAAAGGAGGUCCAACAUAUAUCAUAAUAAUUACAAUUAAACAAUUCAUAUUUUUUUUAAAUUAAAGUAUUAUUUAACAGUAGUUUUUUCAUUAAAUAUUUUGUG